AUGCACAGACAUAGUGGCAAGAUCUGGAGUAAAGAGAAUUCCACGGCUGUGACUGAAUUUGUACUUCUGGGCUUUACUGAAUCUCCAGGGCUCCACAUCUUGUUCUUUGCUCUGUUGCUUUCUCUCUACAUUAUCACUUUGCUUGCCAACAUCCUAAUUAUUCUGAUCGUAAAAGCUGAUCCAAUGCUUAACACACCAAUGUAUUUCUUUCUUGUCCAUUUGUCAUUCUUGGAGGUCUGCUAUACGACAGUAACAAUUCCAAAUAUGUUGGAGAAUUUACUAUCGGGACCUAAAGCAAUUUCCAUUGUAGGAUGUGCCAUGCAGAUGUUCUUCUUCCUGUUUUUUGGUGAUGCAGAAUGCUUCCUCCUGGCUGCAAUGGCAUUUGACAGGUAUGUUGCAAUAUGUCACCCUUUGCGCUAUACCAUCAUUAUGCGCAAAAGUGUCUCUGCAAAACUAGUUGGUAUCACAUACCUAUGUGGUGCUGCAAUAGGACUGGUUCACACCACUAGCACCUUUCACCUGCCAUUUUGUGGUGUAGUCAUCAACCACUUCUUCUGUGAGAUCCAGCCACUGUUGGAACUGGUAUGUGGAGAUACCUUCCUCAAUGAAGUCCGAAUAAUUGGAGUGGCCAUGCUGGCUAGCAUGAUGCCAUUUCUGCUCAUUGUUCUCUCUUACAUUCGUAUUCUUUACACGAUCCUUGCGAUGCCAUCAUCAGAAAGUAGACAGAAAGCUUUUUCAACCUGCUCAUCUCACUUAGUGGUAGUCACCCUAUUUUUUGGUGCAGGCAGCUCCAUUUAUCUGAAGCCAAAAUCCAGUUACAAUCCAUCAGUAGAUAAGUUCCUAUCCCUUUCUUAUACAGUGGUGACACCAUUAUUAAACCCAAUUAUAUAUAGUCUAAGAAACAAAGAAAUGAAGAAUGGCCUGAGGAAACUAUGGAAGAAAACACUGCCAAUGUGA